CAAAAUUCCAAACACCCCUCCCUUCCGAUACACUAUCAUGAGCGAUAGCACCGCAACCGCAACUACCUCGGCUUCUAGCAGUGCCGAGGAUAAUGCUCGUAAGGUACAACAGUACAAAGAUAACCUCAUCAGUCGCGCCGAAGCACUUAUUGUCAAAGAGUUUCCCGAGCGUAUCAUUCGUCUGAAUGCCCUGCUCGAAUCUCCUCAGUUUUCCGAACGGAGCUUCACGGAUGUAUAUCAGGACCUGAACAUUCCAGUCCCGGAACCUAUAGUAUUGGACGGAGAGAGUCACGCGAAGCGCCCACGGCCCAAUUCUACCGCGCCCACCUCACCGAUUGAUGGUAACGGCACGAAGGUGCACGCACUGCCGUCCGGGCGCGUCGAAUGUAACAAACCGAUCGGUGAGCUCGUCUGCAUCGUAAAGCCAAUCAUCCGUUCCUUGGUGGAGGACUCCAAUCUUCUGAAGAUGUGGAUUUCGUUCAUGAUUCCCAAGAUCGAGGACGGCAACAACUUUGGCGUAUCGAUACAAGAGGAUACGCUGGCCGAGAUCCAGUCAGUCGAAACCGAAGCUGCCGCAUUCUUCGACCAGAUAUCUCGAUACUUUGUGACGCGCGCCAAAGUGGUCUCGAAGGUGGCCAAAUACCCGCACAUCGACGAUUAUCGGCGAGCAGUGGCCGAACUGGACGAGAAAGAAUUUCUCAGCCUUUGGUUGGUUUUGAGCGAGAUCCGGAAUCGAUACUGCUCGCUGCACGAUAUCGUUAUCAAGAACAUGGAGAAACUGAAGAAACCCCGUUCCUCCAAUGCAGACAGCUUGUACUAAGGU